AUGAAGCGCGUGAUCGGUCGGCCGAUGCUUACCCUUCACCUAAUUCUACUCCAACUCCCCUCGGGAAGAAUCUCACUCCUACUCGGAUGGGGGAAGCAGAAGCAGGGCAUCGUCACCGAUUUGCUCCGCCGCAUCGACGGCGUAUAUAAUCCCAGCUCUUAUCUUUCUCCCCCUGUCUCGCCAGAUCCCUAUCCAAUGGAGGAACCGACGGCGGCCGGCCCCGACUGGUCAAAGCUGCCGCCGGACGUCCUCACCACCGUCCUCGGCGACCUCGAGUUCCCGGAUCUAUUCCGCGCCGCCGACGUCUGCACCGCCUGGCGGGCCACCGCCCGCGCCCUCCGCCGCCUCGGGAUCUACAGCCGCCCCCAAACCCCCUGCCUCCUCUACACCACCGCCGCCGCCGGCCCCCGCGCCGCCGAGCUCUUCAGCCUCGCCGACAAGAAGGCCUACAGGGCGCGCCUCCCGGACCCUCCCAUCGGGGAGCGCAACAUCAUCGGCUCCUCGUACGGGUGGCUCGUCACCGCCGACGCCCGCUCCGAGCUCCACCUCCUCAACCCCGCCACCGGCGAGCAGGUCGCGCUCCCCUCCGUCGCCACCAUCGAGCAGGUAAGCCCCAUCCUCGACCGCCAAGGCAACCUUGAAAGGUACCAUCUUUCUCUCCAUGGGGAUGAUCCGCAGCCCUAUGGGGUGGACGAGCUCCGCGGAGUCCUCUAUCUCAAGGCCGUGCUGUCCUGCGAUCCCGCAUUGGGGGAUUGCACGGUCGUGCUGAUUCACAAUCCCUAUAGGGAUCUCUCGUUUGCGAGGGUCGGCGAUGACAAGUGGCACUGGAUGCCUUCGGCACCUCGUGAACCGCCGCGGUACUCAGACUGCAUAUUUGGCGAUGAUGGUGCGCUCUACGCCAUGGAUCUCCUCGGCGGGAUGUAUCGCUAUGCCAUCCAAGGUUCUUGUGCCACCCGGGAUAUGAUUUUCAAGGAAACUUCGCCAUUCGUGGCAUAUAAUGGAUACCUAUCCAAGACAUCAUGUGGCAGUGUGCUGCAAAUAUGGAGGGUCAAGAGGAAAACAAGGGGGGAGCAAGAAGAGAUGCAUACAGUUGAUAUUGAGGUGUACAUGACUGACCUUGACAAGCAGCAGAUAGUUCGUGUGCGGACGUUGGGGGAUUACGCGUUGUUCAUCGGGCACAACUAUACUUGUUGCCUUUCCACACAGGACUACCCAGGGCUUCUGCGGAACCAUGUCUAUUUUACGGACGAUGACGAGUAUUGGCUGAUAGAUUCGAAAGACAAUCGUCGGGAUGUUGGAAUACUAGAUUUGGAGGAUUUAAGUGCCACUGAUGUUGUAUCUCCUCAACCAUGGUUGAAUUGGCCAAUUCCCGUAUGGAUCACUCCAAGUUUUAAUAAGAUCCAUAAAUAG